AUGCGGGUCUAUUCGCUUAUACUCCUCUGUUUCAUUACUUCUGUUUAUGGGCAAGAAAAAGCUGAAGUGGAUAUCCGAGUUUCAGGAGCAUGUUCCCCAAUCUACUUGUCAAGAAAAGGAAUCGACAUCAACAAGUACCGACCGAGCAUACGUUUCAACCCAGACAAGAUUCAAUUGAUCCCAAAAAAUCCAGUCAUUCCAGGAUGUAUCAAGAUCAAAGCAGAAGGUGUUGAGAUCACCAAGCCAACCAAAAAUCUGAUCGCUGAAGUUGAGAUGAGAAUCGGUGGCACUCCAGACCCAAACAAUCCAUCUCUUCCAUGCUCGAAAAAAAUUGACGAGAAGGUUAACCAGUGUCCAUGUGCCAAAUUAGAGGGAUCUUGCGUCUUCUGUGACUUCUGCAAACAACUCAAAGCCCAAUCAUCCAAAAUCACAGCCAGCAAAUUAAGCAGACCCGAACACAAAUUGAUCGAUGAGGAUUGCAAAUGUGGUGAUAUGCAACCAGGCCUUUACGACAUUGAAACCGAGAUGUGCACACCAGAAAUGGACGACUUCAAGGAUUACAUUCCACCAGAGAUUCAAAACAAUAUUCUUGAGAAGAGACCUAUUUCUAUGUUCAUUACUGUAUACUUGAUGGAUAUGGAACCAAGAUCUUCAAAAGAAUCCUAUCUCUCAGCAUUCGGAAAAGCUAUUCUCCAAAGAAGAAUGGCUCAAAGUACUGUGGCUUGCUUCUUGCUCGGAAUCGACGUUAAACUUGCUCUGCCGUCGUUUGACUAA